GACAGACAGACUCCGAGCUGGUCUUCAUGCUCCUUCGUGUGUUUGCGAGCGAGGUAGACGUGAGAGCGUUCGAGAUGGAGUGCCGGCACAGAUGAAGACCGCCCUGGCUUCGCCCCGUUCGGCAGCCCGCAUGAACGUCUCCAAACCGCCUUCCGCCUCCCACCUCACCAUCCCUCCUUCCUCCGCUUCCACGCCCUCCUCGUCCGCCUCCUCCCCGUCGGCCCCGCCCCCUCCCUCGCCCGUUAAGAUUUCUAUGCAGGAGCACUUCGCCAUCAACGUGUGCCCGGGCCCCAUCCUCCCCAUCCCGCAAAUCUCAGAUUUCUUCCCCCGUUUCCACGACUACCCCUGCACGCCGCCGCCUCCGCGGGAGAAGAAGAUCCUGAGGGAGGAGACUUUCAACGGGGACAUGGGCGGCGGCUUCCGAGAAGGCGAGAGGCGAGGGGACGACAGCGCCGACGGGGACGGAGUCGCUGACUCCGACGAUGACGACACCUAUUUGGGGACGUUGGAGUUCACGCUGCUCUUUGAUCAGGAGAAUAACUGUCUUCAUUGCACCAUUCACAAGGCAAAGGGACUGAAAGCCAUGGACUCCAAUGGGCUGGCUGAUCCGUACGUCAAGCUUCAUCUUCUUCCCGGGGCUAGCAAGGCGAACAAACUUCGCACAAAGACUCUGAAGAACACGCUGAACCCGGUGUGGAACGAGACUCUGGUGUAUCACGGGAUCACAGCGGCCGACAUGACCACCAAAACGCUCAGGCUGUGCGUUUGCGACAUGGACAGACUCGGCCGAAAUGAAUUCAUCGGUGAGGUGAGAGUGGCCCUGAAGAAGCUCAGAGAGGGCGACAACAAGCGUUACAAUAUGGGCUUGGAGAGAAUUGCACAGAACAAAGAAUCGAACAACCCGGCGGUGGAGCCGGGAGCGCCGGUGGCAGAGGAGGAGCGGGGACGCAUCCUGGUGUCGCUGUGCUACAACACGGAGAAGGGCUGCCUGCUGGUCGGGAUCGUACGCUGCGCCCAUCUGGCCGCCAUGGACUCCAACGGCUACUCUGACCCCUUUGUCAAAAUCAUCUUGCAGCCAGACAUGGGGAAGAAGUCCAAGUACAAGACGUCAGUGAAGAAAAAGACUCUCAACCCUGAAUUCAAUGAGGAAUUUUCCUAUGACGUGACUCUGGACUUGCUCGCUAAGAAAACCCUUGAGAUCUCAGUGUGGGACUACGACUUGGGAAUGAGCAACGACUUCAUAGGUGGCGUGGAGCUGGGCAUCGACGCGAGCGGACAGAGACUCCGACACUGGUUCGAGUGUCUGAAAAACAAAGGGAAAAAAGUGGAGUGCUGGCACACGCUCACACAGCAAGGAGCCCCCAGCGGCGACAAAACGGACUAAAUGGCAGCCCACACACACGAAAGAUAGCGAACACGCAAUACGAAUCGUGUGAUCGUCACGAAGCCGAAAGCCAUCAUUUCAUCCUCCAACAGCGGCGAUUAUUUGGAAAUGAUCUUCGUUCUGACACCGGUGAUGUUAAAAGGUCUGCUAAUUAUUUUGGGGAAGGUAAACCAAAUUGCCCUCGUGAGUGUAACAAAUGCGUACACACAACGUCGUCAUUUCGACCUCGUGGAUGUCGUCGCGAACGAAGCGCUGAUUAGCAUUCACUUCGCGAACGAGGCCGGCAGCCGCGUGACUCUUUGGGCCCGAUUUACUCUUCAAAAAAUAAGAUUGACUCAGAUCCCAAAUUGCUCCCUCGCCGGAACAUGUAGCGCGCUGCGAGUCAUCUCGUAAGCUCGCGACCUUUUUACUCACGUCACAAACAGUGGGUGCUAAAUGGCUUGUGCGCUCGCUCUAACACGCAGGUGUCAAACUCACGGCCCCUGGCGCCAAAUCCGGCCCGCCGAAGCAAAUCACUUGCGUCAACUUCCACGACUCUUGCUAAAACCUGCACCAAAAUUUGAAAAUGUCUUCUGUAACAAAUAAGCAAGCGUUUUUUUCCGUGACCUCUCUACGGUAACUUGACGGGAGGUGUGAGCGUUUAACAGUAACCCGGUUUUAACGGUAAAGAGUGCUGGAAUCCGACGCCCCGCCUCGGCAAUAUCUUUUGUAUUUCGUGAUGACCGACUGUCAAACAUUUCACAAGAAUCGUCCACGCGCCCUAAACUGGAACUCGCAUCAUAAAAUGAGGCACGCGGAGCUAAACUAAUCCAUUUUGCUCACCAUUAACUCGGGGUGUAACGGUUUACGCAUUCAUCACGAGUUUAUUGGGGUACCCGCACUCCAAACCAGCUGGCAGUAAAACUGUUUGCUAGCCGCCACAAAACACAAGAAGAAGAAAAGUCGGCGUCACGGCGAGUCGAGACAACAGACGGACGCAAGUAGCGGCCGCGAGACACAUUCGGAUCGGCUGCGGGAGAAAGUUUCAUGUUCGCCGUGGAGAGCGUUCGAGGGGCGGAUCGGACGAGGUCGGUGCUGUCGGACAGCUGUGCGCUAUGAGCGCGGCAACGCGCCCGACACGUCAAUGCGUAUCGGACGGCGUCGACGGCGUGUGCCGAUCCACGCCGAAGAAAACAGCAGUUCGCCGACGUCUUUAAGAAGCCACUCCGUCUCAAAUCAGACAAAGAGCUAUUGGCAAUGGGCAAAUCCAUUUCUGCAGCUAUACUUCGAGUAUUUACUUCAAGGUGGAAGCAAGUCCGGCGGCAAGUCAUCGUUACCCGGCUGCGCACGCCACCUCAGCCCCCUGCGAGGAGCUUUGAUAGCUUUCUCAACAACAGAUGACAGACAUAGCGACUGCAACCGGAUCUGCCUUGACUACUGACAAUGUACACAAAGUAUUUUGUCCCAAAAAAUGAAUUACCUCAAAAUACAAUCAAGCUUGAGUACAAAUGCUCUACAGCUCAUAUCAAAUGAUCGCUCUAUAUCGAUUGUAAUGGACACUCUAAUGGACACUUUGUUGGACAAACUGAAGAAGAAAUGAAAAGAAACUUUUCCUGUUGUACCGAACCCGUCCUGAAACGUAACCCCAAAACUGAGGUACGCAGAACCGUGACGUCUGUGGACCGUUACACCCGUAUCAUUAACUAUACGAUUUAAAGCUACUCGUCUAAAGAGAGCAAUACGUGUAAUUUGUAAUAUUUUCAUUUGAAUCUUUUAUUUGCAUGAUUUCACGUUUGUCCUUUUCAAGGAGCAGCGGGGCAGCGCACUAGCACCCUCUGUUGACCGGCCGGCACUGAAUAAUACGAUGAGGCGGUGAAACAUUCUUGUGGUUUCGCAGUCGAAAGGGCAAAGCGUAUCAACAGCGCGGCCUCUGACAAAAACGCGUUUGACACGCCUGCUCUAACUGCGCCGGUGGCAACGGCUGUCCAAUUGGAUUUUGCGCUUGAGCUUGGGAAGAUGCUUUUCACAAUGGAACAUUUUGGAGAACACCGCAAACGCAGAAGGAAGUGAGGGAAUUGGAAGGGUUGGUGGAAGAGAGUGCAAAUAUUAGUCAGUUAAAGAAAAUGCAUUUUGGGGAAGUCAGGACCUGCAAAAAAAAAAAAGCCCACGCUUCCUUUGUGUGAUUAAGCUCACCCUUUGCGUACGAGUACGUGUCGGUCCUGCGUAACAUCGGGUUUCGAACGCCAGAAAAACUGCCCUGGAAGAGGCCGGCGGAAAUCACCCGCACGCAUCGAAACGCAGACCUGAAAGGAGUUUGGCCAUCGGUGAUGUGGCAUGACUCCUUCUUGUGGCUGGCGAGCAAGUCAGCCCUUAGAUCACAGGUGUCAAACUCAAGGCCUGGGGGCCCACAUCUGGCCUGCCAGGUCAUUUCAUGUGGCCCGAGGAAGCAAAUCAUAUGCGUCGACUUCACGUUCCUUGCUAAAAUGCUAAAAUUACAAAUUGUUUUCACUUUUAAUAACAUUGCAUCUCAAUAUCUCGCUUUGAAAAUAAAGAUGAACAAACUGUUUUUCACUGGCUACUCGCCAUUUUUGGGGGUUAUGUGGCUGAUGCACUAUUUUGCCAAAAGUAUUCGCUCACCUAUGUAUUUAAGGGACAGCCCUUUCUUAAUCUAUAUGGUUUAAUAUGACAUCAGCGCACCAUCUGCAGGUUUAUGUUGAAUUUGUGACCAUUUUUCCAGAAGCGCA